UGCAGGAGAAGACGGGCGCUGUCUCUUUAAGGCUGAAGCGCGUCGCGGGAGAACAGAGUCCUCCAGUCCCGCCCCGCCGCUGUCAAUCAGCCGGCGGCGGCUUUGAUGUUGAAAGUCUUUGGCUAGGACUCUCUAGUGUUCUUCCCAAGUCGUGCACUUUACAGCGCUCGCUCGGGUGGUGCUCGGGUUUUUUCCCAGCGAAACCCGCCGGCGCUGCCGCUCCUGCUUUCUCAUCCAGGCUAGGCUGGCUGGCUGGCUGGCUGGCUGGCUGGCUGGCUGCUACUUAGUCAAACUUCCCGGGGCUGGGGAGGGAGGGGCACCCAAGACCGCGGGGGAAGGGCUUGGUCACUGCCUCGACCCCUCCGGUUGCCUUUGCCUCCCUCGGACUGCAAGCAAACUCCCCUCUCCCUCCCUAGGCUAGCGCUCCAACGAGAGUUGGGUGCCAGGAUACCGGCAGCGAGCUCGCCAAACAUUUGCCGCCUCUUCAAGAAAGAAAGGGACCCAGAGCCCGCCGCUCUCCUUCCCAGCGCCGCUCCGACGCACAAGUUCGCUCGUUCCUUGCGUGGCUCGGGAGGAAAAUGCCCCAGCUCAGCGGCGGAGGCGACGAUCUGGGAGCCAAUGACGAGAUGAUCGCUUUUAAGGACGAAGGCGAGCAGGAGGAGAAAAUCCAGGCCAACGUCUUCACCGAGGGAGACCUGGCUGACCUCAAAUCAUCUCUGGUGAAUGAGUCGGAAAGCACCGGCGGCGGCGGCGGCGGCGGCAACCGUCAGACGUCGAACCCAGCAGCGACCGUGGCCGGAGCCGCCGCCGCAGGAGCCCACCCCGAGGCAAUCAGGCGGCUGCAGGAUCCUCAGAGGGUCUAUCCAGAGAAACUCCAGGAUCACAUGGAUGAGGGUUUAAAACAUCAGGACCCAGGGAUGUAUAAAGGAUCUCCUUAUUCUGGAUACCCUUUCCUCAUGCUGUCUGAUCCUUACCUGCCAAAUGGAUCUAUGUCACCUUUGUCUAACAAGGUUCCUGUAGUACAGCCAUCCCAUGGGGUCCAUCCACUCACCCCACUCAUCCCAUAUAGCAAUGAACAUUUCAGCCAUGGCUCCCAUUCACCACACCUGCCAGCCGACAUCAACCAGAAACAAGGUGUACAUCGUCCUUCUCAAACAUCAGAUAUUUCUGGUUUUUAUUCCCUCCCUCCCAGUGGGGUUGGACAGAUAACACCUUCUGUGGGAUGGCAGAGCCAGCCUGUCUGCCCUUUCCAGUCAUGCGGAUUUAGACAGCCCUAUACGUCGGCGCUCUCUGCUGGGGCUACUUUCUCCAGGAUUACACAUCCAUUGGUGCUUAGCUCUGGAAUGCAUGCACCAGGACUCCCACACCCAGGCAUCACAUCUCCAUCUGGGAAACAAGAAAUGGAUCAUUACGACCGAAGCAUGAAAUCACAACCAGAACCAAAGAGAGAAAAGGAAUCUAAGAAGCCCACAAUCAAGAAGCCUUUGAAUGCUUUUAUGUUGUACAUGAAAGAAAUGCGGGCAAAGGUCAUCGCUGAAUGCACCUUGAAGGAAAGUGCUGCGAUCAACCAGAUUUUAGGGAGGCGGUGGCACGCAUUGUCACGGGAGGAGCAAGCCAAGUAUUAUGAACUGGCCCGCAAGGAAAGGCAGCUUCACAUGCAGCUCUACCCUGGCUGGUCUGCAAGAGAUAACUAUUCUUCUUCAGGCUCUUCAUCCCGCGAUCACACACAGUUUAAUUCAGGGCCCCUGGAAUUCAGCAGCACUUCCUGGCCAGUUUCUGCGGCAAGGGGAAAAAAGAAAAGACGAACAAGAGAAAAACAGCAAGAUUCCAAUUCAGGAGGAAAAAGAAGUGCAUUCGGUACCUACAAGGAAAAGGACACUGCACCAGCCCAGUUUCUUCCAAUGGAAGUGCUAUAGAUUCCCCUCCCUCCCCUUUAGAUGUGCUCCAGUGUACAUCCUCUGCUUUUAUUCCAAACAAGCUUGCUGCUCCUGCUGAUCUCACACACCAAAACCAAGCCA